UUGAUUCCUUUUUCUGGUUUCUCUUUCUUUGAAGCUCCUCAGCUGGGUUUGUUGAAAAUCCUUAAAAGAAGAAGAUGGAUUCAGAGCACGACGACUGAACAAACUUCCCACCAGCGGAGCCGAAGCUAUUCGCCAGUGGCUGCUGUUUUUUGGCUCGGCAUCCAACAUGAACCUCUGCUCCAAGUGGUACAGGGAAAUAUGGGUCUCCGAGGAACAGGCGGUGUCGGCCAAGGACGCCACGGGAAAACCCUAACCUUUAAAUCAGAAAACCCCAUGUUGGAAGCUGAAUCAAUCGCCACCGACAUUAACUCUGCAGCACAUAAUCGGCAACGGGGGCGGUGUCAUGUCGUCGGAUGCGACGACAGCAAAGGUGGUCAAGGCGGCGAACAGGUGCUUGACCUACAACGUGAGAGUCUGGUUGACGGGUUCAAGUGCAAGUGCGGCAGCUCUUUCUGCGGAUUGCCCAGAAAAUAUCGAUUGCGACUACGAUUUCAAGAAAGCUGGGAAGAAUACAAUUGCCACGCCAAUCCGAUCAUCAAGGCUGAUAAGGUCGAGAGGCUUUGCGAGAUGAUGAAAUGGAAUGAUGGGUUCUCAUAA